AUGGCAGCACUCAUGCCCAAGGGCCUCCCGUGGGCGUCGAGCCUCAGAAACACUACCCAACUGUUCAAAAACCAGCGCUCAUUAGCCAAAGCCUUCUCCACGACAACCUUCCAACGCUCCCAGCCCGGCCUCCUCCUCCACGACGCCAAGACCGGCUACGGCUUCAUCCGCCACAACAAGGUGCCAGAGAAGCCUCGCUCCAAGGGUGUCACCGAGAUCCGCGGACCGUACUACACAGCAAUGGGCCCACGAUACCUCUCCGACGUCUUGGAAACCAUGGGCGGCCAUGUGGACGGGUUGAAAUUCGCUGGUGGGAGCUUCAGUUUGUUUCCUGAGGCGAAGCUUCGCGAGAUUAUUGAUCUAGCUCAUUCCUAUGGGGUUUAUGUGAGCACGGGCGGCUGGAUGGAGCAUAUACUGGCCUCUGGAGGGGAUGUGGACAAGUACAUCGCGACGUGUAGGCGGCUUGGGUUUGAUGUGAUUGAGAUCAGUACUGGGUUCCUGUCAAUUCCGGGUGAAGACUGGUUGAGGCUUGUCGACCGCGUACACAACGCCGGCUUGAAGGCGAAGCCAGAGCUGGGCAUCCAGUUCGGUGCUGGCGGCGACACGGCGACGAGCGAGCUCGAAUCAGUCGGAACCAGCGAUCCUUCGAAACUGCUAAACAUGGCGAAGCGUUUCGUUGACGCCGGAGUGGAGCGGAUGAUGAUCGAGAGUGAAGGGAUUACUGAGAACGUGAACUCGUGGCGGACCGAUGUGAUCCAGAAGAUUCUGAACGAGCUGCCGAUGGAGAAGGUCAUGUUUGAGGCUGCGGAUCCGAGUGUGUUCAACUGGUACAUUCGAGAGUUCGGCAUUGAUGUGAACCUCUUCGUGGAUCACUCGCAGAUCGUACAGCUGGCGGGCUUGAGGGCAGGCAUCUGGGGCAAGAGUGAUACGUUCGGCAAGAUUGUGUCGUAUCGGCCAGCGGACUGA